AUGAUGUCAGCUGCUAAUCGUUUCCGACAGCAGAGCAACAACGGUCGAAAUUCACAAUGGACGAUGGUCCAUGGGUUUUAUGCGGGAAUGGGUGGAUUCGUAUUUGAUAUGGAUACCCCCGAAAUGCACGGCCCACGUUUUAUUCCUCAACGGCGCCUUCAUGUAACCCCUCGAGGAAUCCAGCUGCUUGCUAAAUGUGGCUUGCUGCCUGACAUUUCUCUGGAGGAUAUAAAGGAUAAAAGCAAGACCGACGGAUCAGGGAAACUCAUCUGCUGUUUCCAGGUUAGCUGGAUGGUAGUGCAGGCUGCCGUGCGAGUCGCAGUUGGCCUUCCGUUGACACCGCUCGAAACAAAUACUAUAGGCCAUGUCGUCUGUGCGCUGAUCAACUAUGCUCUCUGGUGGUAUAAGCCAAGAUGGAUCAAAGAGCCGACAAUACUCAGAGGGGAAUGGACUCGAGCCAUAUGUGCUUUCAUGUACAUGUCUAGCCAAGUCAGCGCAGAGCACAAGGUCCAUAGGGACGUCUUACGUGACUUUGGUGUCAAGACUGAAAUGAGUGGAGUCUUAUAUACCCCUGGUCUUCUAGGGUCACAAGAAAGCUUGGACGCGCGAGCACUCGGGACGAAAAUCGCCCCAAGAAGCGAUCAAGAAGGUUCCGAAGGGGAUAUCCAACUUACAGAUGAAUCAGAGCCCUCAGACGACGCGCUCCCAGUAAAUGGUCGUAUCACUAUGCGCAAGGGACUUGAACUAUCAGCACAAACAUUCCACCACGAGGAAGUUGUCAACAAAACUGUUCACAAAACAAUUCCAUCGGAAAUGCGGAUUGAGAGGUGGAAGCUUGCAUGCAAAGCCAUUGAGCAAUACCCUGCCAUUAGAGAACGGCUCGAUAUUCCCCCUUGUGAUCAAGAUGAACUAAGAUACCGGGAGGCUCAUCGAUUGUAUCCCGAAAUGCCGGACAAAGUUAGUCAGCACCCAAGAGGUCACAAGCCAAGUGAACAUGUCAAGGCGAGUUCAAAUAAGAGUUGGUGGUGCCCAUCAGAAGAACUUGUGGUUGAACGUCCUCGAAAUUGGCCGGGAGAUGACCUACUCCGUCAUAUGCAGGGCCAUCUAAUGGGCAUUAUUUUGUGGUGCUCCAGUACGGUGUACGGCGCCGUUCACGUGGCUGGUUGGAACGAACAAUUUCCCACCAAUGUUGAGUCUUGGUUCUGGAGAAUGUCCGGCAUCUACAUUGUGUUUAGUGGACUUCUGUGGUCUUUCUUCAACCUCUUGGGUCAUCUCUCUGGUUCAGUGUGGUGGUUUUGGUACGGCAUACUGGAAGGCGCUGAACGUAAAAGGAGUCAUAUCCUCAUCUACGUCUUAUGUUGCAUUGGAGGGACUCUUUAUGUUAUUGCACGGGUAUAUCUUGUUUUGGAAGCCUUUGUUUCUCUACGCGCAUUACCUGCAGCGGCGUACGACUCCCCAUCUUGGGUUUUGACCGUGCCUCAUUUAUAA